AUGCGCCUCUUCGUGCGCUCGCUUGUGGGCGAAACUUCGGUGGUUGAAACUGAUGGCCAGGCUGAUGUCUCCGCCCUGAAGGCGCAGAUCGCCGCUGUCCAGGGCCUUCCCGUGGAGGAGCAAUGCCUCAGCUUUGGUGGCCAGCUGCUGGCCUCCGGAAGGCUCGAGGAGUUUGGCAUUGAGGAGGAGUCCACCCUCUUCCUGUCUCUCGAGCUGCAAGGCGGAGGAAAGAAGCGCAAGAAGAAGACGUACACCAAGCCCAAGAAGAUCAAGCACAAGCGCAAGAAGGUGAAGCUGGCUGUGCUCAAGUUCUACAAGGUCGACUCCAACGACAAGGUCACACGCUUGCGUCGCGAAUGUCCUCAUGAGACCUGUGGGCCGGGAGUCUUCAUGGCUAUGCACUUCAACCGCUACUACUGCGGCAAGUGCCACCUGACUUAUCUCAUCAAGAAAGAGGAUAAGUGA